AUGACAGCUGAGACACAAUAUACACCAUUGGCUAAUGCUAUUGUUGUAGAACCUCAAUAUACACAACCACCUGCAUACGCACAAUCUACAUCAUACCAAGAUGGAUUUGUUCAACAACAAACAUAUUCUUCUCAAGAAAAUUCUGAACAAACCUCUAUGUUAUUAUUUAUUUUAGGAUUUUUCACAUGCCUAACAUGGGUCUUAAAUAUCUUUAUGUUUAGAGAUAGUACAAAUGAUAAUACAAAGAAGUGGGUUAAAUUAUCAAAAAUUUUACUUAUCCUUUAUACUAUUCUUGUUGUAGGAUCAGUUGCAUUAACUAUCAUUAUCAGUAUUAUUUCUGCUAUAGUUGGUAUAGCUGCUGCAAGUGCUGAUGGUGUUAUUUACUAA